AUGCCACAAGAACAAUCACCAACUGUGAUAGUUAUGAACCCUACCACCCAAAUCCUGCAUUUUGAUGAUUUCUCAUGGGGUGAAACUAGAUUUGUGAGGACUCCAUUUCCAAGGCCUAAUGAAUCCAUAACUUAUCUACAAAAUCAUAUAAAAAUGAAUGUAAAUGAUCAAGGAAUGAUAAUAAAAGACAACCAUGCAUCAGUAGAUAUUUCUAGCAUAAUCCGCAAUUGGCUCGCAACAGCAUUAUCAUCAACAAAAGAAGAGUUCGUAAAAGCUAUCAUGGCCCCUUUAAGCUCAGAAGCAAAUCCAAAAGAUCAUGAUUUCGUCAAAUUUGCGAUAUCGGGUGGACCUGAAAACACAGAUUCAAAACGCGUGAAAGAAGAUUCAGAAAAGCUUCUAAAAGAAGCUGUAUUCGGUCUUGUUUCUCUAUUAUAA